CACUAGACGCAAUAAAGAGGAAGAAGUACUGGACGAGGAAGAAACGAAGAAAGAAUAUAAAAAGAAACCAUCUCGUGACCUGUAGCUGAAGUCACACAUCAGGUUGCACUCAUUCUGCAGAGAUGGCGAUGAAGUGGCUGCCUGCUCAGCUGCUGGCCUUGUGGUUGCUGACCAACAUCUCUGAGUCCACUGUGUCUCUGCUUGCACCUGAUGCUGUCACACUUCAGGAAAAUUCGAAUGCCGUCAUCACUCUAACUUCCAGUUCAGCUGUCAACCAGUCAGCAGUGUUUCACAUAAAUGUAACCUACAGCUCCAAGACAAACUACUCCUGUAUAAUAACACUACCUGAUGAGGUGUUGCUGCCAGUGGAGUCCACAUCGGUUAAUUUCACUGUGAUGGCUCACGAUGUUGGUCAGGUGACCACAUUCCUGAUUAGCAACAACACAGACCUCAGCAGUUUGUCUGUUAGGAUUCGCUUCAUGGUGAUCCACAGCAACAUCCUGUCAGUCAUCAGUCAGGUGAUAGGCUGGAUUUAUUUUCUGGCCUGGUCAGUGUCUUUUUAUCCACAAGUCUGUGAAAACUGGAGGAGGAAAAGUGUUGUAGGUCUGAACUUUGACUUCCUGGCUCUCAACCUCACGGGCUUCAUCGCUUACAGUGUCUUCAACAUAGGCUUGUUCUGGGUGCCUUAUAUAAAGGAGGAGUUUCUAAAAAGGAACCCUAAUGGAAUUAACCCUGUCAAUGCCAACGAUGUUUUCUUUAGUCUUCAUGCUGUCCUGCUCUGUGUCAUCUACAUCAUCCAGGCCGCUGUCUAUGAGAGGGGGGGUCAGAAAGUCUCAUGGACAGCCCUGAUCUUGUUGCUGAUUGGCUGGGGAUUUGCUUUGAUCAGUUUAUUUCUUGCUGUAGCCAAACAAAUCUCCUGGUUGGAUUACCUCUACUAUUUCUCCUACAUUAAACUCGCUGUCACACUCAUCAAAUAUAUACCACAGGCCUACAUGAACUACAAGAGAAAGAGUACAGAGGGAUGGAGCAUAGGAAACGUGCUGCUGGACUUCACCGGUGGAACCCUCAGUAUUCUACAGAUGAUCAUUCAGUCGUACAACAAUGAUGAGUGGAGGCUGGUCUUUGGUGAUCCGACUAAGUUUGGUUUGGGUCUGUUCUCUGUGGUGUUCGACAUCCUCUUCAUGGCUCAGCACUACUGUCUCUAUAGACAUCCGGCCCACUAUCAAGCCGUUUCAGAGCAACAGGACAACUAAUGCUGACCUGAACUGACACGUGGAGCAUAUCUGAUCCACCAGCACGUGCCUUUGAUAAAGAGACUAUCCUGUCUGAAGUUAAAGCAGGAAACGGGAUUAGCAUGACUGAUUUUGAUUCAGCUGCUCAGUGACUUUCCCACCCAUCCCAAAAUUUGUCUCAGGAAAAGCUCUUUUUUCUUUUUUUCUUACACCGUUUUGGUUAAUAGAGGCCACCCCAAAAAUCUAACAAAUAAAUGCACUUUUUAUUGAAUACGACAUCACAUUUGAUGGUGUUUAUGAUCACCACUAAGUUAUUAUCAUUUGUUUUAGAAUCUUCCGACUGCUUUGGCCAUUUGAUUAAAUAUCCUGAUUAGUUUGCAUGUUAAACAAGGUAAGAAAAAGCAGGAAAAUCUGUGGCAGGAAAAGAAACAGUAGUCUCCAAAAACUUCUGAAAUUAAAGUGGGAUGACAACCCAUGAUGCACCACAAUUAAACUGCACUUGUCUUCAAGAAGAAACUUAAUUGUCACAUUAUGACACACAACACGACCCUCCUUUCUUUGUUCUGGGUCCGCUCACCCACAUCUUAUUUUUCCUGCAAUGAAGAUCCUAGACCAAAAGUGUAAAAUAAAAAUCUUUCUUGCACAUCACUACAGUGCCUUAGCUUA